AAAAUCCCAUUGUGCCGAAUCAUGUUCCAUGGCGAGGGAUACUUCCAUGGUGAUAUUGGCACUUGCCCAGCUCAGCUAGCCUGCCAUAUUUCUUCGCGGUCUCCCUUCGCCCGCCUUCACUUUUCCAGCGUCUACUUUCUUUCUUCCUAUCCCCCUUUCUAAUAAUUUCCUUCAUGCCCUGUGAGCGCGUGGUGUCUUCCAUGUUGACUGCUGUCGGGGACCAGUGAUUCACAUACAGCCGCAGUAUGGCUUUUACAACGGCUAUCCACAAUGGGGAUCAAUCUCCCACAAUCAGUCGUCACGGAGUGGAAGCAGAAGAAUACAAGGGACAUUCAACGGUUCUCCCUGAAAAGGAUACUGUCGUCGGUGACGAUGAAGAAAUCAUCGGUGAUGGUGUGAAGAGGCUUGCCUUCGACCAUACGCACCGCAAGCUAAAGCCCAGGCAUAUCCAGCUCAUCGGCAUUGGGGGUACAAUUGGCACAGUGCUGUACGUUCAGAUUGGAAAGGCAUUGAUGGAGGGUGGCCCUGCCAGUUUAUUCCUGGCAUUCGUUAUCUGGUCCGUUGUCAUUCUAUGUAUAACUGUGUGCUUGGCCGAGAUGGUCACGUAUUUGCCCAUCUCAUCGCCCUUUAUCCGUUUUGCAAGUCGAUAUGUUGACGAGGCCUUUGGAGUUGCUGCCGGUUACAACUUCUUCAUCUUCGAGGCCGCUCUGGUGCCAUUUGAGGUUACAGCAUGUAACCUGAUUAUCAACUAUUGGAGUGAUGCAGUCCCAGUUGCUGGGAUAAUCGUCAUCGUACUUGUACUUUUCUCACUUCUCAACAUCUUCGCAGUGAAAUGGUAUGGCGAGGCCGAAUUCUGGCUUUCCAUGAGCAAGGUCGUGCUUAGUGUGGGUCUGAUCUUCUUCACCUUCAUCGUGAUGCUAGGCGGCAAUCCUAAAGGUGAUCGAUUCGGAUUCCGAUACUGGAACAACCCUGGAUCAUUCGCCGAGUACUACAAGACUGGAGACCUCGGUCGAUGGCUUGGGUUUCUUGCAUGUCUCAUCCAGGCCAGUUUUACGAUCGCCGGUCCUGAUUAUGUAUCCAUGGCCGCCGGUGAAGCAAUGAAUCCCCGUGGAGUCUUGCCGAGGGCCUACAAUGGUAUUUUCUAUCGAAUCACGGCUUUCUUCGUUCUCGGCGUGCUCUGUGUCGGUAUCUUGGUUCCCUACAACGACCCUGUCAUGGCUGCUGCGUUUGAACAAGACUUGCCUGGCGCCGCUGCAUCGCCGUAUGUGGUCGCAAUGGACCGACUGCAAAUUCCGGUCCUUCCACACAUCGUCAAUGCUGUCGUCCUCCUUGCUGCGUUCAGUGCCGGAAACAGCUAUGUUUACUGCGCCAGUAGAAGUCUGUAUGGACUUGCGCUGGAUGGCAAGGCUCCGCGCAUCCUGACAACAUGUACUAAAGCGGGCGUGCCGGUCUACUGUGUCAUGAUUGUGCUCCUCAUCGCGCUACUAUCCUUCCUGCAGGUUUCUAAUGGAUCGGCCGUAGUGCUAAACUGGUUUGUCAAUUUAGUCACUGCAUCUCAACUGAUCAAUUUCUCCGUCAUAACCUUCACCUACACCCGGUUCAGAAAAGCUCUGAUGGCACAAGGCGUCCCCCGCCAAUCACUUCCAUACCGGAGCCGAGGCCAGCCCUACGUUGCCUACAUUGCCCUGGUAUCGACAUUCAUCAUGACCUUCGUGGGCGGAUACACGGUCUUUCUGCCUGGCAACUGGGACAUACCGACGUUCUUCUUCUCGUACACAAUGAUCGGGGUGUUUCCGAUCAUUUAUAUUGGAUGGAAGUUUUGGCAUCGCACAAAGUUCCUGAGCCCUGAGGAAAUCGAUAUAUUCACCGGAGUUGACGAAGUAGAACAGUACACGAGAAACUAUGUCGAAGUACCCUCAAGUAACCCUUUCACGAGAUUCAACGACUGGCUUUUUGGCUAAAUACGACAACAUUCAAUACAACAUAUAGAAAGACAUGGGUGAAUAGAAGCUUCAACUAUUGUGCAUUCUACGUUUAUAUAUGGCUACACGAAAGAAACGAGUACUACACACAAUGAAUGAAUAUUACUAUAUCAUGAACCAG